AAAAUAUUGUUAGGUCAUGUAAUUGGCAUAUCGAAUACAACCAUAUAGGGAACAAGAUGUCAUUCUUGUGUAUAUCUCUCUAGUAUGGACUACCCUAGUGAGUAUUAGGAUUUCAAAACAAUAUAUAUAUAUAUCAAAUUAUAUUAGAGUGAGAAAUCCACCAAAAGCUUGACAUCGGGAAAGAUGAUACAUUGAACCAAUGGUACAUAAAAGAUGAUAUAGAAUAAAAAUGUGCAUAUUCUUGCCCAAGGUUUUUCUCACCCAGAGAAAAAAAAAUCCCGGCAAGGACGUACAGAGAGGGCGGGCUCACACAUUAAAUGGUAGGAAUAUUCUUACACAUGAAUGGCGUGGGUAGAUGUAUGUAUAGGAGACUAUCUCAAUCUGAUUAGAGUAUUGGUUGAAGCUUUUGAAAGGAUUAACUCCCUAUAGUCCGAAUAGAUACAAUAUGACCUGUUGAAAGAUAGAACAUUUUCCCGGGUUUCAUUGGAGCUCCACAACUGUGUGUUUUUCCGUGCCGUGCCUUUCGACAUGCACCACACGAUGUACAUGCAAGGUCUUUUUUGCACCCAUCUAUUAAACUUGUGUGGUACUACUACUUGAUAUUUUUUAGCGGUAUACAAAGCUGAUGACCUUUAUGGUCUCGUGUAUAAGAAUGGCACUGAAUUACCUCUGUAAGAUGGUUUUUAACGAGGCAAAACAUGAUUUUCUUAAAACUCUUACUGUCUAUUAUUGCAUUGACAGUCGUUGUCGAUGCAUCUAGUACAUCUAGUGCAUCUCCCGAAGGGUGUGCCCCUAAGGGUGAAGUGAAAUCUGGUUUCCAAGUCAAAUUCUACCCCUACGAGCUCAAUGAUGAAACUACUAUGGCCAGUUUGGACUAUGUCUCUACUGGAUAUACCAAAAACAAACUUCUCCAUACAAUCGAUUCGGUCGAGGAUAUUAACUUCAUGUGGCAAUAUGAGCCCUACCCUUCCUAUCCUUGGGUCAUGGAAGAUUAUAUUUACGGAUACUAUACAACUGCUUCAAAUUUUACCAUGGAGAUUACCGGUUUCUAUCAUGCGGUUAAAGAGGGUAACUACACUUUUAACUUGAACAAGAUUGACGACUCUGCUGCCGUUUUCAUUGGAGAUGGAAAAGCUUUCGCUUGUUGUACAGACGCCCCAACUGUUGACCCAAUAGACUAUUCCAUUUUUGUUUACAAGGUUUGGGAUGAACCAGCAAGGAGUACAGAAGCAACCGUCGAAUUAGCGGCUGAUACUUACUAUCCUAUAAGAAUUGUGUUCACGAACGCGCAAUCAAGGGCUGAAUUGGGCUUGGAAGUUACCACACCAGACAUGUCUACCGGUCCAGUUUAUGCCAACACAUUUGUUUACGAAGGACAGAGUGAUUUAUGCCCAAAGCCAAUUACAACUAUUACUACCUCAUGGACUGGAACUUUCACAUCUACUAGUAUUGUUACCCCAACUAACUCUGAUGGUACCACUACUGUAGAGAUCUACACUCCACCACACGAGACCACUGUCACUACCUCAUGGACUGGAACAUACACAUCUACUAGUAUUAUUACCCCAACUAACUCUGAUGGUACCACUACUAUCGAGAUCUACACUCCACCACACGAGACCACUGUCACUACCCCAUGGACUGGAACAUACACCUCCACUAGUAUUAUUACCCCAACUAACUCUGAUGGUACCACUACUAUCGAGAUCUACACUCCACCACACGAGACCACUGUCACUACCCCAUGGACUGGAACAUACACCUCCACUAGUAUUAUUACCCCAACUAACUCUGAUGGUACCACUACUAUCGAGAUCUACACUCCACCACACGAGACCACUGUCACUACCCCAUGGACUGGAACAUACACCUCCACUAGUAUUAUUACCCCAACUAACUCUGAUGGUACCACUACUAUCGAGAUCUACACUCCACCACACGAGACCACUGUCACUACCCCAUGGACUGGAACAUACACCUCCACUAGUAUUAUUACCCCAACUAACUCUGAUGGUACCACUACUGUAGAGAUCUACAUUCCACCACACGAGACCACUAUUACUACCUCAUGGACUGGAACAUACACCUCCACUAGUAUUAUUACCCCAACUAACUCUGAUGGUACCACUACUAUCGAGAUCUACACUCCACCACACGAGACCACUGUCACUACCCCAUGGACUGGAACAUACACCUCCACUAGUAUUAUUACCCCAACUAACUCUGAUGGUACCACUACUAUCGAGAUCUACACUCCACCACACGAGACCACUGUCACUACCCCAUGGACUGGAACAUACACCUCCACUAGUAUUAUUACCCCAACUAACUCUGAUGGUACCACUACUAUCGAGAUCUACACUCCACCACACGAGACCACUGUCACUACCCCAUGGACUGGAACAUACACCUCCACUAGUAUUAUUACCCCAACUAACUCUGAUGGUACCACUACUAUCGAGAUCUACACUCCACCACACGAGACCACUGUCACUACCCCAUGGACUGGAACAUACACCUCCACUAGUAUUAUUACCCCAACUAACUCUGAUGGUACCACUACUAUCGAGAUCUACACUCCACCACACGAGACCACUAUUACUACCUCAUGGACUGGAACAUACACCUCCACUAGUAUUGUUACCCCAACUAACUCUGAUGGUACCACUACUAUCGAGAUCUACACUCCACCACACGAGACCACUAUUACUACCUCAUGGACUGGAACAUACACCUCCACUAGUAUUAUUACCCCAACUAACUCUGAUGGUACCACUACUAUCGAGAUCUAUACUCCACCACACGAGACUUUCACCUCUUCUAGUGCCAUCACUUCAUCCAGUGCCAUCACUUCAUCCAGUGCCAUCACUUCAUCCAGUGCCAUCACUUCAUCCAGUGCCAUCACUUCAUCUAGUGCCAUCCCUUCAUCCAGUGCCAUCCCUUCAUCCAGUGACAUCCCUUCAUCUAGUGACAUCCCUUCAUCUAGUGACAUCCCUUCAUCUAGUGACAUCCCUUCAUCUAGUGACAACCCUUCAUCCAGUGCCAUCUCUUCAUCAAGUGCCAUCUCUUCAUCAAGUGCCAUCUCUUCAUCAAGUGCCAUCACUUCUUCCAGCUCAGAUGCAACUACUUCUGCUAAACUGCUGACCCCAGUAGUAUCUUCAUCGUCACUUCACUGGAGCAACUCCUCCAGUAUUAUUAAGACUUCAUCGUCGGACUUUUUGAGCACCUCCACAACUACUACUCUCAGCACUGAAGAAGGCAGCACCUCAGCUGUUACUUCAACUUCUCCAGUUGUCUCUUCAUCUGUACCGGUCGGCUCUUCAACAAUUAUCUCUACAGUACUGACUGUGAUAAUUCCAUCUACAACUGUUAUCACCAUUACAUCCUGUUCAGAUAACAAAUGCACUGAAGUUCCAGUUACUACCGGUCAAACAGUUGUGACCACUACUAUUGAUAACAGUAUAACUUCCUACACUACCUACUGUCCUCUUCCAACUACUGAGAUUAUUGUCCCAAGUAGUCAAGGAGGUUACCUCGUUUCGCACACAACCUCAAAUAUUGUUGAGCCAACACCCAGUGUUCCAGAUUUUGAAUCUCUGUCUGAUUCUGAAUCUGUAUUCGUUGCCAAGUCCACCUCCCAAGCUGAUUCCAAUGAUUCUCAAGGAACUGGCGCUUACACUAUUCCAGUACCAUCAACUGGUGGUUCAACCAAACUCAGGAUGACACUCCUGACUCUUUUGAUAUCUUUCUUAACGUAUAUGACAAUUUAAAGUUACUGUCAUGGUAUACUAUGCUUUGCUGAAGUUUUGAGCUUUUCGUUUUCCUUUUUAUACUAUAGCUGCGGUUAUUUUUCUCACUAACUAUUAGUGCACUUAUAUACCCUUUCUUGUUACCAUUAACCUUUCGACUAUAAAUGUCAUUUUAUAUUUUUAUUUCAUAUAACUCCAUAAGG